AUGCACGGGCGUGUCAAGAGCAUCGAGCGCGAGCAUGAACAGCAGAAGACAAUCGAGCAGCGCCAAGAAGAGGUCUCUAAAGUGCGCAUGUACCACGACGUGGCAAGCAAAGUGCUAGAAAUGAAGCGGCAGCAGCUCUACGAGCCCAGCGUGCUGCCUUUGACCAGCCACCUGCUGCUGCUAAACCCCGAGUUCCACAUGCUCUGGAGUUAUCGUCGUCAGGUCAUUACUGCUCUGGCCAAAAAAGCGGAUAACUGUGCGUCUAAAAUGCAGGAAAUGGCGAAAAGAGAACUUGAAAUGACCUUGAACGCGUUGCAACGGAAUCCCAAGUCCUACUCGGCUUGGUUUCAGCGAAAGUGGAUUAUUGACCAAGGACUGGGAGAUUUAAAGAGGGAGAUUGGGUUGUGUGACAAGCUGCUGGAUCUCGACGAGCGUAACUUUCACUGCUGGAACUACCGUCGAUACGUCUGUGAAAUGGCUGGAGUGUCUAAAACCGAGCAGUUGGCGUUCACUACUAAGAAGAUUGAGCAGAAUUUCUCGAACUACUCGGCGUUGCAUCAUCGCAGUACUGUUCUGCCCGAACCGAUAACGGUUGACGUGCUGUCGAGUGAGAUCGAAUUUGUGCAACAAGCCGUUUUCACGGAGCCGGAUGACCAAAGUGCGUGGUUUUACUACCGCUGGCUGUUGACAUCGAUGUUGGACCUGAUGAAGCCGUCGCUCGAGGAUGCAGCUGGGUUCUUGAAGACCCAAGUGCAGUGGCUGGAGCAAUUGCUAGAUAUGGAGAAGGACGCAAAGUGGGUCGUUGUCACGCUCGCUGAUGUACAUGACCGUGUAGGUGCAAUGACUUCCGUCGAUGGCUGGCAGGAUUCCAAGAAGCAGAGCGUGGAACUGUACGAACGGGCAAUCAAGCUCGACCCGAGUCACCGCCGAUACUAUGAGGACAGGAAGACAAGAUUCUCGUGA